AUAUGUUUCAGCGUGUGAAAAAAAGAAAAAAUAUAGCUAUAGUUUGGUACCAUUCUAGCGUAAAAUAUCCGCUAUCUAGACGCACACGAAAUGACGAUCCAAUUUGUUGUACCUUGAACUAAAAAAAAGAGCAAUUAAAAUAUAAUCACGACAAGGCUGUAUGCUUCAUAUUAUCUUGUGCCUUCCUAAUUUGAGAAAUAUACUUACAAAAGUUAAGAAUUUCCCGCCAAUUUUCUUCCUUUUCGAAGUUUCGAAACAGCAAUAACUUAUUUUGAAAAAAAAUAUCACAAUGUCCGAACCUAACGAAGUACAAGCAUUAGAGAAAAUAUCUUCAGAGGUCGGAGAUUCUCAAAUCAAAAUUACACUCUCAAGUCAAUGCAUAAAGGCUCAAGCGUUUUUAGUCGAUAAACUAAGGAAGCAAAGCGUACGUCAAAAAGAGAUAUGCAGUUACGUAAGCAAGAGUAAUUUGAAAUUACAAACAGAAAUCAGGCAGGCGGAAAUUGAAAUACAAAGUCUGUUAAUAGCGAAGGAAACUAUCAAAUCUUCAAAUGUUGAGCUUAAAAAAGAGUUUCUACUAUUAAAAGAGCGUAAACAGGAAAUAGAGGAACGGAUCAAAGAGGGAGAAAAGAAAUAUGAAAACUUGUGGUUGGAGGCUAAAGCACGCUACGAAAGCGUACCGCACGUGCAAAAAUUACUACAAGCACAAAAUAAAACUGAGACUCUAAAACAGAACCUUUUACUCCUAAAUACUAAAUCAGUUAAUCUCAGUAAAGAAAUUGAAAUAAAGAAUCAAUUUAUAGCUAACUCAGAUAGGGAACGUAUAGUCGAGCUAGCACAGUAUAUGGUUUAUGAAUUACCAAAAGGUAUAAAGAUCGUACACGAAAAAAAUAAAGAGAUAGUUAAAUUAUUGAAAAAUAUCGAUGAAAUUAAUAAACAGCAAGAAGAUAAAUUGAGCGUACCUAAGACUGUUACUACAAACAAUAAUUCUUUUAAUCCCAUUCCAAGCGACGGAAAUGAAAUGAAGAAGAAAAAGAACACCGAAGAAGAUGGGUGGUUUAAUUUCUGUCAAGUUGACCAACGAGAUUCAAUAACGAUGCCAACAAUUCAGCUUGUACAAUCAGAUUUUGAUGCCUUAAGUGCAAAAUUAGACCAGAUUAAAAUCAAGAAAGUCGACAUGUUCAAUAUAACGCCAGUCAAGAGAGUUGAUUCUAUUGAACCAGAGACCGGAAUUCAAAGUAAAAAACUUAAGCUUGACGACGAAAGUACAAUAGCUUUCAAUGAAAAAAUUACGGAGAAAAACGAAAGUGACUGUAAAAAAGAGAGCUUUUCCAAAAAGAAACUGAUAAAUAUUUUGGAAGAUGUAAAACUUGAUGCGAAUGAUGCAUACGAAAUCGUAUCUAAGGUCAAUCCUGAUAAACUGAAAGGGGUAAAUCAAAUAGGAGCAGAUGCGAGUGUCAGAAAAGAAAGUUUUAAUUUACAAGAGGAGACAAACGAUGAUAUUGAAGAAAUCGAUCUAACCAAUAGUUCAAACAAUUUAUUGGUGCCACCGACACAAUUCUUGGAUUUUGGAGAGAUUAAUUACUAUAGCGGUUCACAGCAACAGGUAGAAGUUAUCGUACAUAUGUCAAUGUCUGGUUCUCCAGGGAAGGUGAAUCAAAACUUGAGGAAUUCGCAGGAGAAUAAGAAGAAUGUUAGUUUUGAUAUUCCCGUAUCAAUACAAGAAAUCAACGAGGAAAGUGAGAAUUUUGGCGAUCUUGAGCCAACUAAUGAUGAAAACGUAAUUUCGAUAAACAAAAAUGACGGAAAUGAAACCCUCGAUAGUGAAGUUGACGUUAAUUUAUGUAACGAAAGCUACGAUAAGAUGAAAGAUAUGAUACUAAAGAAACACAACUUAGAUUCUUCGCCACAAUUUGUGUAUGCUAAGAAUUCUAUUUUACAAGUGCCAAAUACUACUAAUGAUAAAAUCAUAACAUCAAAAUUUUUUCAAAAUGGUAAACAAGAAACAGUAAUUCAAAACGACAACAUGCCAGAAGCCAAUGAAAAUUUACAAAAGUGUGAAAGCAUAUCAACUAAUCAAAAAGCUUUUGACGAGCAUACAAACAUGAAAGUAGAUGAAAUAGUUGUAUCCAGUCCAAAGGGAAAUACAGAUGUCAUACAAGCACAAUCAGUCACUGGUUUACUUUUCAAACAUGGCACUCAAGGCAUUCCCGACUCCUUGAAUGUAUCAAUUAGUACUACAGGAUUUGAAGAGGGAGACUCUGACUUUCCUCAUUGUCUUGAUACUAGUUUGCUUUUAUCGCCUAAAGCUGACUACCCAAUGUCUGCAAGUGGACAAAAUACAGAGAUAACAUCUCAAGAGGUUCCUAAUUUCCUGUCAGGUCUACGAAGAACUGCAUUUUCUUUCUUUGGACAGUCAGCUGGACCAUCUGAGACUAAAGCAAAUACAAAUGAGCAAAGUGAAAACAACUUCAACUUUAAUUUUGGAGAUGAGAAGAAAGGAAGAGGAGGUUUAUUUAAUAUGUUUAAUUAGUGCAAUACUCAUAAGUUUUCUUAUUUUUCCUAUUUCAUUCUUUCAAAUAGUUUCAUUAAUAAAAUUCAAUAUGUAAUAUUAAGUAAGUUCUUUUAUUUUAUAUAUUAAUACAAAAUGGUUAUUGAGAUGUUCAUUGAUGUAACUGACAUGCUCUUACUGCUAUCAACUGUAAAAGUAUAAAUAAUGGAGCAAACACUUCACUGUAUUCUAUUGCUGAAUCACCUUGAAGUUUCCUACAUAGCAGAAACUUAAAAACAAAUGUCAAUCCAAGGAAUAUAGCACUCCAUGAUGCCCUAUAGAGAGAGGCUUUGUAUGAGCUCUCUAAAUUCAUUCUUAUACAGACUAUACAACAAAAGUAUGCAUUCAUAGCAUCACUUACAAAUAAGGGUGCAAAUAUAGUCCACCAAGCACUGUUUAUCACAGCAUCAAUCUUCAAUGCCAACAAGACUGAGAAUAUUGUUAUAGUAAUUAAAUUUAUCCAUAUUUCAAACACUGUCAGUCCAAUCCAUUGCACAAUUUCAUUUAAUGUGAAGAACAUUUUCGCUUUACUGGUUAGCACCAAGCAUGGCAGUGCGGAACACUCUUAUAUGGAUUGAAGAAGAGUGUCUCACUUGUGUUCCAAAGUCUAAAUCAUCUGCUAAUGGCUCCAGAUCAUCUAUAAUAAAGUGAUAAAUAUUUAUUUUGUUAUACUUUUACUAUUAUUAUCUAUAAUAUUGAGACUAAAUUAUAGUUAUUUAUCAUAUAUAUAAAUAAAUAUAUUAUAAAAGUAAGUUAUGUAUAUUUAUAAAUAUUACAUUAUAAUUAUUAUAAUAAAUAACAUGUAGUCUUAUCAAUUUAAUGUUUUCCCCCUUUUUACUUUUAGGCUUAAAUUUAUUUUACCAUGUAAUAUCUCCACUUAACCCGAUGGACCCCUACCGCACCAUUUGUUGUAAAACAAUAAAGCGUAAAUAAAUAAAAAAUCUAUUUAUUCUAAGAUCUUACCAACUAAGUCAACAGUGCCCGUGUUUACUUCAAUUUGACAGGUUCCAGAGAAUAAACUCUCUAGUUGUAAUGCUAAGUUACAACAUCUUUGAAUAGCUGCUCCCAGACCGUGUAAUAUGAUUUCCUUUUCUCCCUUAGUUAGUAGAUCACAGCAUCUGUCUAAUUGGGCCUGAAAAACACGUUAUAUUAAGAUUAUCAUAACCUUAGAUUACAGAACAAACGGCAGAUGGAGCGCACGGUACACGCAAUGCGUGGCACCAAAGCAAAUACGAAGUCAAAAGUAAACGAUUUGUUUGUCUUCGUGAACAGUUUUUACGAUGCGUUGUGGUGUACUAACGCAAAUUGUUAGUAGCUUUCGACUUCGUAUUUGCUAUGGUGCCCACACAUUGCGUGUUCCGUGCGCUCCAUCUUCCUUUUGUUCUGUAAUCUGAGAUCAUAACAAGCGUUUUUUAUGUUUGUUGGUCAUACAAGGGGAUACCUUAAAGUUCGUCUUCUUUGUUAUAAAUACAACGUUAUCACCAUCAACUGGCCUGAUAGGAAGUCUCUUCUUUACAGCAUAGUUUUUAUUUGGGCGUUUAAAUUUCUUUUUAUUGUCGUCUUUCUUUUGUGAAAUGUUUUCAUCUGCCAUAAUUUCUCAUUCGGUUCAAAUUCGAGUCGCCGUCUCAUCAACCUCCGACAUGGAAUGUCAAUGUACAAACUGAC